CUGAAGUCUUCUCAGAGUGAGGCGUCUUGUUAUUGUCUGCUCUUUGCUGCUAACACUCGGCAGGGAUUUCACUUUUAGUUCAUCCGACAGAGAAAAUGAGCAACUCCGAUGAGCCCAAAGUGACACCACACAUAGUCAAAGAAGAGCUCUUGGCAGCAGGACAAUGGGUGAAGCUGGAAAAGACCACAUAUGUUGAUUCUGCUGGAAACACCAGAACCUGGGAGACUGUGAAGAGGACAACCAGACAGACCAACACAGAAGCAGAUGGUGUAGGAAUCAUCGCUCUGCUGAAACGAACGCUUCAUAAAGACUGCGUGGUGAUGGUGAAGCAGUUCCGUCCUCCCCUUGGAAGCUGCACUCUGGAGUUUCCUGCAGGGCUGAUCGACGAAGGGGAAACGGCAGAGGUGGCUGCACUGAGGGAGCUGAAGGAGGAAACCGGCUACAAAGGGGAGGUAGUAGGAGUCACUCCAGUGACCUGCCUGGACCCCGGCCUGUCUAACUGCACCACACAGAUCGUGUUGGUUAACAUCAACGGAGACGACGUGGAGAAUAUUCACCCCACACAACAGCUGGGAGACGGAGAGUUUGUUGAAGUCAUUCUUUUACCGCUCGAUGAGUUCCAGAUGAAGAUUGACGAUCUGCUGCAAAAAGAAAAGAUCGUGGUGGAUGCUAAAGUUUACAUCUUUGCCAUGGGAAUGGCUCAGGCCUUCUUCAAGCCGAGGGAGCUCCCUGUCCUAAAGCAGUGAUGGAGAUCAACAGAGCAGGAGGAAGUUGUCAAGUGCAGCUGGAGGAUUUUCACAGUUUGAAUAGGAAUUGCUUUAAAAAAAAAAGACAUCCUGGUUCUCUAGAGGUCUUAAUGCCUUGGAUGAAAAAACAAAACAGUUUGAUAUUACAGCCCUCCUGACUACGGUACACGUCAUAAACCAUCUUUUUACUCUCAGCAGGAAGCCCGAAUCAUUCUGUCGAUUCGACUCACAGGUUAUGUUUCAGGUUUACAUUCCCAGAGGGACCAGUGUUGAGAUGAUUCAGUCAUUUCUUUCUUCAAUUAUGUUUCCUUUUUUGGGGAGGGAUAAGAAAACUUCCCCUGACAACUUAACACUUUGUUUAAUGUUUUUUGACUAGUCUUUUGUAACUGAAUGAACUGUUAAUGAACACCGUGCGUUCAUGAUGCUGGAGGGGUUUUUGCUGGUACUGAGCUAGCUGACAGGAUGGUUUGGGUCUUUCUGCAGAAGGUUUGGAAAACAAACUGGCUGGAGAAGCUAACAGCUACCCUGAGCGAGACCAAUGUUUCACAGCUAUGGUGCCGAUGACAGUGAUUGUGUUUUUAUUUUAGAGAUUACUGACUAAUAAAGAAAUGUCAUAACAA